AUGCUGGCCGCUUCGAUACAUUGGCUGCAGAUAGCAAAAGUCGUUGUCCCUCUUGUUCUCAUUGUGCAGCUGCUGAUCUUCCUGACAAGCAAUGGCGCCACAUCUAAGCUCGAGCGGUUAACCCGCCCUUUCAAGAACGAGAAACUAGUUUUCAUAUCCGAUUUCCUCAGCCAUGAGGAAUAUGGUGGUCCUUUCGAUGGCCGUCCCAUCGCCGAAAUGUGCGCGAAAAAGACCUGGAACCCGGACCGGAUAGUCCAGUGCGAUGCCGUACCCGAGGGCGUUGGGACGGUUAGGAACGGUCAUCUGCAGUGCAUCCGGUUCGCCAUCGAGAUUGGGGCUGGCGGCCUCAUACUUCCAGAAAUCGUCAAGAGAUCUGAGCACAACAUUGCCGAGGCGGUCCCAAACGCCAAGGGCCCGCUGCGCGGUGUCGGCCUGGACUACUUCUUCGACAGCGACCACCUCACCUCAAGUCUCACCAAGUUCUGUCCGCAGAUGAGGCUGUACCCUUCCAUCAACGCGCUGCACAAUAUUCCCUCGCUUUUGACCGGCGUCAAGGUCAAGCUUGACCAGCUACAGCCUCCCAGGAUCAACAUCAGCUCGACCGUUGUCGAGAACCUGGAUGGCUUCUUCGAGCAAGUGAAGACGCUCAUUUCAGAGGAAGACGACGGAAAGCGCAAGCCUCUCAAGAUCCAGCUGGCGUGGACUCCGUUUUGGUACAAUGUGGACCACGACUCGCCCGAAUUCGUCACUAGUUUUGGUCAGCUUUUAAAGACGCGACAUGACGUGCGCCGGCUCGCCGGCUCGGUCCUUUACAGCUUGAUAACGCGCUUCAAUCUUGACCUGGACCCGAGGAAGCCUUCAAAGGGCCAGUCGGGAGAAGAGGUCGCCCUCAAGGUGGCCGAAGGCAGGAGCUUUCUCGGGGUACGCAUAAGGACCGACGUUGACGCACAGUCGAUGCGGUGGCCAAACUACGACACGCAGGCAACAUACUUCAAGCGUCUUGUCGGCCAGAAUCAGAUCCCCGUCACCUACAUGACACAAGGUGCCGCGAAAGCAGAUAUUCGAGACUUCAAGGAGAACUCGGCAGGUUUUAAUGGCGUCGUGGUGCGCAAGGAAGACCUGCUCAAGGGCCCCGAGCUUACGACCUUGCAGAGUCUUAGCUGGGACCAGCAGGCACUUGUUGAUUACGAGGUCAUGCUCUCGGCGGGGAUCGUGGCAGGCAUUGCUCACUCGAGCUUUAUGUGGAAUUUGGCAAUACGUCGGAAGGUCGAUUUCUUGGAACAAGAGAAUCACGGGCAGGAUAAAAACCGCCUGGUGUUGCCCGAUAGCAUCAUAACUUAUCAAGAUCCGUACUCUAUCAUCUUUGGUCCUGGCGAGGGCGAGACCAGUGCUGUCAUGUCUGAUUCUAUGCGGCUGACUAUAUGGCCCUGA